AUCACCCAACGCCCCUUGUCAUUCACCAUGGAACUCGAGCUAUCGCGAGACUCGACGACGAACACCGUCCUUAGAAUCCCAGGCGGUCGACCCCUAUACCACAUACACACCCCGAGUAUGUUCUCCAGGACCACGACUAUCUACAAAAUACCUGAAACGAAUGUACAACGAUACGAGGACGCGGAGAAGAUGACAGACGUGGAGCCAAAAGCUGAGGAGGAGAUGGCAAGGAUCUAUUGGCAUACGAUCUCGAGUUCGAGGUUGAUCUAUGAUGGAAGAGCCCUGGAGUUCAAGACGUUCUUGAAAUCGAAAGGGUUCCGCGGGGACCGCGUCUUCAUCGGGCCAGACGGGAAGAACUACAAGUGGCAUGAGGGAUGGAAUGGGCCUCGCUUGGAAUUAGCGGAUGGUUCCAAACCAGCUAAGACCGUCGCCAAACUUCGUCAAGGGAAUUUCUUCACAGGGAGGAAGGCGGUGCUCGAGAUUGAUCCUUCAGUGGAUCAUAUGCGCGACCUCGUCGUGAUCACUUUCGUAUUCAUUGAGACGCGGAGGAGGGAACGGGAGUUACAACAGGCUGCUGCGGCAUGAGGUCCUUAAGAUGCUUUCGUAGCCUGGCCUGCGAUCUCGAUAUCGGGAAGUCUAUGGACGAUCAAUGUUCAAAUAUUUCUACAGUGUACUGUAAAAUGCCUUAAUCUGUUAUAUCAUGGUUAGUAUCUUGCGCCUGUAAACACCUAGGAACAAAGCCUGUGGUAAAUAGGGUCAAACAUGUGCAAGCGAGAAUGUGAGUCUGCAUCUUCCACCUUCCAUCGUCCUCGCCGGCCAGCGCGCAGAUAUUACUCCUUGGGCUGGAGCGUCAAUAGUCUCCGGGGCCGGUGCGCAGACCAGUUGCCUAGUGUUGCAUGAUGCAUCGAUAAGGUUCUAAUCGCCACGUGGACGUCGCGUCU